CGAAUCAGGGCGCUCGUUGUUGCGAGGUGGGGGGUGCGUUCCCGGAAGCGGCGUCGGAGCUUGACGGGCUGCCGCAGUAUGACCUUUCACUGACCCUGGCCGGAAGAAGCAAAGCUUCCCUCUCAGUUACCCAUGUGCAUUCUUUUCUUUAAAUUUGACCCGCGACCUGUUUCCAAAAAUGCAUACAGGCUUAUCCUAGCAGCUAACAGAGAUGAAUUUUACCACCGACCAUCGAAAUCAGCCGACUUCUGGGACAACAGCAAUGAGAUCCUCAGCGGUUUGGAUAUGGAGGAAGGAAAAGAAGGGGGGACCUGGCUUGGAAUCAGCAAGAAAGGCAAGAUGGCGGCCUUGACGAACUAUAUGCAGCCAAUGAUAGACAAGAAUGCAAAAGGAAGAGGUGCCCUGGUGACAAAUUUUUUGACUUCGGAUGUCGACAGUUACUCUUACUUGAAGAAAGUUGCCGUAGAAGGACAUCUUUACAAUGGAUUUAAUUUGAUAGCAGCAGAUUUGAACACCACCAAGGGAGAUGUAAUUUACUAUUACGGAAACAAAGGAGACCCAGAACCUGUCUUCCUAAAUCCCGGGAUAUACGGCUUGAGCAAUUCUUUGCUGGAUACUCCAUGGAAGAAGCUUCAGUAUGGAAAACAGCUCUUCACAGAUGUCAUCAAGGUCAGCCAGGACCUUGCGAAGGAAGAUCUGGUGCAAGAACUCAUUAAAGUGAUGAAUAAUCAAGACCCCCAGCUGCCAGACCCCGCCAUUGAGGAUCAGGGAAAGGACUACAUCCUCCCCAUCCUAAAUAAGUAUGCAGCUGUAUGCGUGCGUUGCCCAGAUUAUGGAACCAGGACAAAUACCGUUGUUCUCAUUGAUGCGGAAGGACGCGUCACUUUCACCGAGCGCACGAUGCUGAACGCCGAUGUCGACCAAUGGAAAACAAGCACCUACCAGUUCAAACUGCAGAUUUAAUAGCUUUCCGUUUGAGUGGGUCACGAGAGAAAAGGGGAAAGGGGGGGAGGAGAAAGAGAAGCUAUUGAACUCUAGGGAUAGGAAGGCCUUGGCAACUCUCUUCAAAAAAGCUCAAUGAUGUUGCACAGCACACCCUAGCAACCAGCAAAACCUUUUUUUGCACAAAAUCCGAAACAGAAUAAUUUGAACAAGGAACUUGGCUGUCCUUAAGAAACGAACCGUAUUUUGCACAAGUGGUGCAACUGGCUUUUGAAAGGAUUACGGAAUUGCUCAGCACAAAUAUUUAACUUGCUAUCAGUGAGGGAUACCUAGUACCUUGGAUAAUCAUGUGUCGCGUUUUCCAGUGCGUGUUUCCAAGGAAAACUGGAAACGCGAAAUGUAAAUUUGUAGUGUGGUGUGUGUGUGUGUUUUAAAAAGAAACUGAUGUAAUUCAACAUUCAUGAUGCUUUGUCUUAAUUCAGUGGCACUUUUUACUUGUGAAGAGCCACACAAGAGCAGGAGAUCACCAUUUGCUUUCGCAAUAGGGAGAACUCUGUGCACUCAUGCGCACUGGACAUGCAGAGGUGUCCUUAACAUCAAAGGGGAUGCCUGUGCUCCCGUGGCGCUCUGCAUAUACAUUCACACCCUAAUGAAACUUUGUGCUGAGGGCGACUGUGUCUUAAUCAACAGCUCCACCUGAGACUGCUAAAAAAAUAAUUGGCCUAGAAAGGAUUUGAACAAAUGAUCACAAUGCUUUGAUCUUAACUCUCUUUUGUCAAAUCUUUCUAAAUGAAGAAUUUCUUUAAAAGGCAA